CCACCACUCUCCGCGCCCUGCAUGGCAGGGGAAAACAUACGCAGUAUCUAUCAACGAACGAUGUUACACACAUCCGGAAAGCCCUUCAGUAUUUACAAUUAAAUCAACGGGGAUAAUAAAGAUUGCCUCCUGGACCUAGGCUACCAGAAGUUACUAUAUCCAAUGGGCGUCUUCAACAUUUUAAAUACUUUUGAACGCGUUUGCAUACAGGAAUGUGCAGUUUUUUGUGCGAAGACUUUACAUUUACAGUAACCGUAAUAUAAUUUGUAUUCCAGCUCAAAACUUUUGGCUACAAAAGCCAUGGUGUAAAAACGGCAUGCCUCGUUUCUUCUGGCCAUGAUGGAUUUUUUGUUAUUUACAUACAAGUAUCACAAAGGAGCGGAAUGUAAGCUCGCCUGUUUCUCCAACUCCCUGAAUAGGUGUUUUCGGUGCGUGCAGAACAAACCAGAAUAGUCCCCUUACACUGGCGCGCAACUGUAACGCAAUUUGUAUCACAUUCUUUUUGGAAGCAGCAUUUGAUCAACGAGGAAUAUUCGCGGAAUAAGUAUUGUUAACCCCCUUUUUUAAAAAUCGCCACAACAAAGUAGCUUGUUGUGCGAUCGUCGCAUCAAAAGUGAGCCGUUUUUAUUUGGUCCCUUACGCUUAUUGCAAACAAGUGUUUUUUUGUUUUCAAAGCUACACGGUGAGUAAUCCACCACGCUACUCUCUAAUAAAGUGCCCGUGCGUGUAGGAGUGUACAGUCAAAUCAUCAUGAGGAACACCGAGGAGGCGGAGGGGUUUGAUGGCGAGGCCUCCAACACUUCCAUGAUCUCGGGAGCAAGUAGCCCAUACCAGCCCACCACCGAGCCCGUACACUCAAGGAAUGUUUUGGGUGGCAUUAGGUGUGACUUUGAGUACCUGAAGUCACACUUUGGCAUAUUGAAGGCCGUUGAAGUGGCCUUGGCCCUCAUAGCCUUCAUCUGCAUAGAGACCAUCAUGCUGUGCCUACCCUGCGGAGGGGUCUACUUCUUUGAGUUUGUCAGCUGCAGUGCCUUUGUAAUCACCGGCGUCCUCCUCCUCAUCUUCAGCCUCAGUCUGCACACCAAAGUGCCCCACGUCAACUGGAGCCUGACGGACCUGGUCAACACUGCAGCCAGCACCUUCUUCUUCUUCCUGGCUUCUGUGGUCCUGGCUGCUCUCAACCACAAGUCUGGAGCCGAGAUCGCAGCAGUGAUAUUUGGCUUCCUGGUGACGUGUGUGUACGCUGUGAACACCUUCCUGGCUGUGAAGAGGUGGCGUAUGGGUGACGGGCGCUCAGUGGCGGUCCAGACCAGUGAGUACAUGCGAGCCCGGACUGCCUCCCGGGGAGAGAUGGAGGCACGGCCUGACCUGGCCUGAUGGAGGUGAUAUUCUGAGACCAAGACUGACAUUUAGGGCUUCUAUCUUACCAUACCCUCUCUCCCACUACCCACUAGUGACAUAACCAAUCCCUGUACCCACUCCAUGGAUGAGCACUGCAGCCUCUUUACUUGGGGGUCUCCUUUGGCGAGAGUCCCUCAAGGCCUGGACCCAGAGCCCUAGCCCCCUGAGAGUACAAAUACACAGACUGGGUCAGAGAUCUUCCUCUGUCGACAGUCAUCAAGAGAAUUGACUUGAUGUUAAUUAAGUGAUUUUCUGGUUUCGAAUUCAGUGUGGUUUGAACUCUUGCUCCAGUGUUUUGUAAAUGCUCUUAACUGUGUGACUUGGUAUCUAUGGCCGCCAGCACGUACUGUACAGGGUUUGGUGGUUAUGUUACUUGUAGCACUGUCUGUUUAGAUAUGGAAUUAUUUUUUUAACGCUACAGAUCUGACACAAUGAGAACAACAAUUUAAUGAAUUCAGUUGAUUUAUAUAUAUUUUUUAACAUGAACUUGAAAAAAAAAAAAGGACCAAAAGUUUAGGCCUAUUCAUUAAGGCAGGUCAACCGGUUAUUAAGGUUAUGAACUCAGAUACUCUUGAAACACAUUCCCAACACAGUUCAGUUCCAUAAUGUCAUUACAUUUCAGUUGUGUCUCCCUCUGUAGAAGAUGUAAAGUAACCAUCCUCAGUGUAUCUCACUAAUACACAACACCGAACCACAUGAACUUUUGAAGGAAAGUUGAAGGUAUUCGUUUUUUGACUAACUUUAUUGAAGAACUUGAUUUAGUUUCUUCAGAAAGUAUUCAUACCCCUUGACUCAUUCCACAUUGUGUUAUUACAGCCUGAAUUCAAAAUGGAUUAAAUAUAUAUUUUUUCUCACCCAUUUACCCAAAAUAGCCCCUAAUGACAAAGUGAAUACACGUUUUUAGAAAUGUUUGAUACUUUAUUGAAAUUCAGGCUGUAACAUAACUAAAUGUGGAAAAAGUCAAGGGGUGUGAAUAAUUUCUGAAGGCAAUGUAGUUGGUAUGGGUGCUAUUUGUAAAUGGUUAAAGAGUAUAGUAUAUCUGGCCUAGUGAGUGACAGACAAAUUGCACAGUGGUACGUUACUAACAUGGUGGUACAUUUGGUCAUUUAACUUAAUACUGAUAAACAGGUGCAGGUCGAGGUCAGCGUCCAUAGCACAUCUCAGGUAUUGGCUGAUUCAUCAUUUAUUUUUUAAACUUAACUUAAAUGUGGCAUCACAUACAUUCGUCAAAAGAUGUUGCCUUCUUAAUAAUUGGGUCCAUGGCAUACUCAUUCAGAGAAUGGCGCACCAAUGGGGUUUUACUUUUUUGCCAUGAAUGUAUUUAGUUGAAUGUGUGAUCUUAAUAACCUUAUACAGCAAACAUUAUCACAUACCUUAUUUCAGAAAACACCCUCGCAACUUCCUGUACUGUUUUUGUUGAGAUCACAUUUAUGGAGAUGUAGCCUAAGUCUGUUCAUAUGUGCAAGUUUGUACUGAAUGUGUCUAGGAUGAAGGACUUUUAGUUGACUUGUGUUCUGGUCAUUGGAUUUUCUGUUCUAAAUAGUAUUGUGCGUUUACAUCUACACAACAUUGUGAUUCCAGGUGUUCUGUAUUCCACAGACCCUGCUGGUAAUACUGUAUGUAUAUGUGGAUUAUGGUAAAGAUACCAUCAGAGGAACUGCUCAUGGUGGAUGCUUUAUAUGAAGUGCACCUUGUGGGACAUCUUACAAAUGUUUUAAAAGAUGCCGUCUUUGUCAAAAUGAUCAUAUGUUGUGUUUAAGAGUUGAUGAACCAAUAUUCUUUGUGAGAACAAUCUUAAAGCCUAACUAAAUGAAUGACUUUGUAGGCGAGGGCGGGAACAUUGCAAAUCUCAAAUGAAUUUGAAUGAAUUGACCGUAAUAACUGUUGAUUAUGAUUGAAACGUGUGCGAGGGUGGGUUUGUGUGAAGAAUAGACAAUCAAAAUGUUUCUAUUUAUGUCUCUCUAUUCAAUGAAGGACUGGGCUGAUUGUUUUAAGUGGUGUAUUAUGCGUCGACUUCACAGUAGUGGAUCCAUCUCCUUUAUCUAGCAAUACAUUAUUCUCUGACAUGCAGUAAUAGACCAUGUGAGUGCAUAUGUAAUCCUUGCUUUAACUAGUAGUGAAAUGAUGUGACUAUAGUGGAACAAUACGAGUUAAUGCUUCAUGAAGGCCUUAACAAUCCAGAGCACUUUGUAAAUAUAACCUAAGAUUUUGAACGGGGUGUAUUUAUAUUCCAGUAUCUUUUAACAUGCUUAAAACAACUCCACCAGUGCUUCAUGCAUAGUUAAUGACUUGUGUCAAGGUUUUGAACCACUCACAAUCCGAAAUGGCCUAUCUUAAAAUGAAGACUUAACUGCUCUUAUCUUUUUAAAGUUUGACCUUGAUUUUCUUAAAUGCUCUGUAAUUGAUACAGGUACUUGUACUUGAGGAGGCAGUCAUAAAAUCUGUAUUGUUGUAUUUAAAUACUUUUCUGUAGAUUUAACAAAACGAUCGUUUAUGGUGACAACUUUGUUUCAAAAUAAACGGGUUUGGAAGUGUUGUCUUAAUAUUUUAUUAAACAAAGUAAAGCUUACACUGGCUGAAAAUCAA